AUGACCAAAAGAGCAGCGGAAGAAGCGCCUCCUUCAAUGGAUAGCAGCACAACUGGACCAAACUUUUUGGUUGCGAUAGAGAUCAAGAAGUCUUCUGCUGAAAUUAUAGGAGCUGACAUCUCAAGUCUAGAAAGAGAGAAGUUGAAAGCCUUGUUAAGGCAGUGCGUGAGAGAUAUCAUUCCAGGGGUUGAUGAGAUGCCGACUCGUGCUCGCAGCAUGCACCUAAUGUCUCAAUUGAGUAACAAAAAACCAUCAAUCUCAGUAACCAAUAAAGAGGUGAAGGAUGAUAUACAAUUACUCAUGAAGUCUGAUCCUGGUCUUUUCAAGGGAAUAGUGAAGAAACAUACGGAUGAUGUACUUGCCAGCCUGAACGACAUGCAGCAGCAAGCCGAGAAACUCCUUGACACUGUGGCCACUUCGUGCAGACCUUUGAGCCAAGAGGAGAAACGAGAUCUUCAGAAAUCAAUCAAGGAGCUUCCUAGAGGAAAUCUAAAGCGCGUUGCUGAAAUCAUCAGAGACCACUAUGUAGCUUCGGGGAAAGAAUUUUCUGAUGAGGUCACAGUCAACUUGGAGGAGGAAGAUAACGUAACGGUAUGGAGAAUGCAUUUCUAUGUGGCCGUGGUGAAAAGUGCCAGGAAACUAGGUAGUACAGAACAAAGUUCUGGUUUUGUAAUGGAAAUGUUCAGUGUCUUUGUAGCAAAGUUAGCGGAAUGA